UAUAUAUCUCAUGGAAAAGGUUUGGCUUUACAGGAGAAUUGUUGAGGUUAAGGCAAAUGAGCGAAAUAAAGCUUUGGAGGAAAUCCUCUACGCAUUGGUUGUACAGAAGUUGUACAACCAAUACAACCAAUGCGUAGAGGACAUGGGACUUGCAGGGGACCAUCAAGCUGUUCCAUCGUGCCCUGAAGUCUCAUCUUGGUCUGGUAUCAUCAGUCCUGAAGAGUACGCUAACUUGGUAAAGCCCUCUCAGUUACGGACUUACGUGAUGUCCUUUGAUGGGGAGACACUUCAUAGAUUUGCUACUAUUAGAUCGAAAGAAUCUGUCAGCAUUAUUGAGAAGCACACAGAGGCCCUAUUUGGAAGAUCCGGCACUGUUAUUACUCCUCGGGGGACUGCUUGUUCUUCGAAGAACAAGCGUAUUAAGAUUAGCUUUGGUGGUUUGAAGAGCCUUGUUUUGGAGGCUGUCACUUUUGGUUCUUUUCUAUUGGAUGUUGAAAGCUUAAUAGACUCAAGGUACCAUUUUGUUAUGAAUUAG